UCCUGUGAUUGUUUCCGCACGCUCUUCCAUGGGAGUUGGCUUAGUUCCGAGCUCUUUUAUUUUCUUUUCCUUUCCAAAAGGAAAGCUUUCCCAUUACACACACUCUCUCUCUCUCUCUGUGUCUCACUUUAAAGCCAUAACUCACAACACAAACCGAAGCUAGCUCUCUCUCACAGAACACAAAGUUAGACUCAAAGGCCAAAACAAGACUAGGAAGAAACACUCUUUCCAGUUUCAGUUUCUCUUCUCAAAGUCCUCUCUCCUUCUUUCUCUCUCACAACUUCCCAUUCAAACCAUAAAGAAAACAGUAGAGACCAACACUAAGUAAAAAGGCAGUGAAUUGAAAAUUCUUCUUGGAAUCCGCAAUUCUCUUUCCGGGUUAUCGGGCUCCGGAUCUGCCACCCAUUUCACCAACACCCUUCACCUUUCUUGGUUACCCCGUUAAAACCCCAUAACUUUCUACAAACCCACCAAGAAAAGAAGAAAGAAAAAAAAUAGAGAAAGAACCCAGUUUUUUGAAUCUCUUUCCACUGCCAAAAACAUUGGAAAACACUUCUUCUAUAUAGUAAAACUCAAAGGCAAAAGUCUUUAUAUAUAUAUAUAUAUAUACAAGUGACAGAGGGCAGCUGCUUUGUUGGUGAUAAGACAUGGCAGGUAAUCAACAGGAAGGGUUAGGUGAUGAUUUCUUUGAGCAGAUCCUGGCAGUGCCACCAGGCUACGGUGGUGGCGCUGGUGGUGGAGGUGCUGGUGAAGUUGGUAGUGCCACCUUGCCGAUGGCGUUACAGUUAGGGUCAAGUGGCGGUCCAGCUGGUGGCAGUAGUGGUGACGGUGGUGGUGGUGGUGGAGGGUUUAGAGGGAUGGGAAUUGGUGUAGGCAUGGGAAUGAUGCCUCUGGGUUUGAAUUUGGAACAUGGAUUCUUAAGACAUGAAGAUGGAGUUGUAGUUGACAGCAACAACAGCAACAGCAACAACAAUAACAACAACAAUAAUAACAAUAAUGCUUCUUGUUCAGCUGCUUCUGCUGUUUCUGGAAUCAGUGAGAGAGAUUCCAUGCAUAUGACAAGCUUGUUUCCACCCUUUGGACAAAUGCAAACUCAGCAAAUCCGUCCUUCAGCUCCUCCUCCUCAGCCUCCUCACCAGCUUCACCAGCAAUUUCAUAGCCAGCCAACAUCAGGUCCAGUUGCUGCUGCACCGCACCCGCCUGCCAUCCGUCCAAGGGUGCGAGCAAGACGAGGACAGGCAACGGAUCCCCACAGUAUUGCUGAGAGGUUACGCAGAGAAAGAAUCGCAGAAAGAAUGAAAGCUUUGCAGGAGUUGGUUCCUAGCUGCAACAAGACGGACAGGGCAGCCAUGCUUGACGAAAUUGUAGAUUAUGUGAAGUUUCUAAGGCUUCAAGUUAAGGUCCUGAGCAUGAGCAGACUCGGUGCUGCAGGUGCUGUGGCUCAGCUUGUAGCUGAUGUGCCGCUAUCAUCUGUCGAGGGAGAUGGCAUAGAAGGUGGAACCCAGCCUGCCUGGGAGAAAUGGUCAAAUGAUGGAACUGAGCAGCAAGUGGCUAAGCUGAUGGAAGAAGACAUUGGGGCUGCCAUGCAGUUUCUUCAGUCCAAGGCACUUUGCAUCAUGCCCAUAUCACUGGCCUCCGCGAUCUUCCGCACACACCAACCGGACGCACCAACGAUAGUGAAACCCGAAUCAAGCACCCCUUCAUAGAGCGUGCCCAUAAAAACGACUUCUUAACCCUGUAAUAGUCCUAUCCUGUACUCACUCACGAUGGCUAUUUCGUGCUUUGGUCCAAUCUUAACUCUCAUUGGCAACAUCAGUCAAGUCAGUGCAACCUUUUCCAUCCUUCUUUUUUCCAGUUUUGUUCCAAAAGCAAAGAAAAAAAAAAAAGGAGUGAUUCCCAUACCUAUCUUGAAAAAAAACUUGGAAAGGCAUAUUGAUGUUACACUCCAUGGUGUAGUCAAGGGAAAAAUACUUUUCAAAGGUUUCAUUGAUGUUUUCCUCUUCUAAUAUCCAUAGUUGAUCGAGUGGAGGAUGACCCAAAAAAAAUGCUGGUGGUGGGAACUCGCUUUCUUUCUUUUUGUCUCUGGGAUAGUGGGAAGUGGACCAUUGAAAAGGGAUGGAUAGGUAUGUGUAUGAUGUAUUUGCAGAAAAAUUUUAAUGCAAGUUGAAAUUUGAUAAUGGACUGCCUUGUGGGAACUUUCUGGUUUUUCAUAAAGAAGUUUGCUAAACACUGUUUAUAA